GGGCAGGUUCUCCAUGGUGAGGCUGGCGUUAGGUGUUGCGGCGGCUGAAGAUGAGAAGGGCACUGACUGGCCUGAUGGAGGAGCUUAAACAACUCAUUCAAACUGACACACAACAUCUCCGUUGGCUGCUGUCUGUGAUAAUGCUUUGAAAGCUGCAUAUUGGAACUAACUGCAUCCAUUGUGCUCCGUCCCCUGUUAGGAAGCAUAUUCUUGUCAUAUUUUGGAGUUGGUCUUAAAUUCAGGAUGACCCGACUUCGGCAAUUUGGCCUACUUCUUUGGAAGAAUUAUGUAUUGCAAAAACGCCAAGUAGUGGUUACCAUCGUUGAGAUAAGCCUGCCACUUCUAUUUGCUAUAAUUCUUAUAAUUCUCAGACAGCGAGUUAAUUCUGUGCAAUAUCCAAAUGCAACCAUAUAUCCUCCAUUUUACAUAUAUGAUAUUCCAUAUUUCCCCCAAUACCCGACAACCAAAUGGAGUUUGGCUUACAUUCCCUCCAAUGUGACUGCAGUGGAGACCAUUGCAAAGCUGGUGAAAGACAGUCUGCGGAGGAUCGUUAAAAUUGUAGGUUUCCAAACAGAAGCUCAAUUUAAUGAUUUUAUAAGAUCGGAAAAUAAGUCGACCAAGAAAAUUCUGGUAGCCCUUGUAUUCGACCAUGACUUUAAGCAUCAAGAUGAGCGUUUACCACUGCAGGUAAACUACCACCUAAGGUUUAAGUACGGUCCUCUGAACGCACCCCUAGGAGAACUAAGCUCCUUCAAUCCAAACCAAGAUAAAGACUGGCACACGCGGUUCCUUUUCCCACUUUUCCAGGUGCCUGGGCCUCGUGAGCAGUACUUCAAGGAUGGAGGCAGUCCAGGAUAUUACCGUGAGGGUUUCCUAGCAACACAACUCGCAACAGACAAAGCCAUUAUCAAGUAUCAUGCUAGUAAAGAAGCAGCCAAACUGCUUUCAAUAUUUCAAGUAGAAAUGCUGCGAUUCCCCUUCCCCCCCUAUACUGAUGACAUCUUCAUUUUGGCAAUCCAAACACAGCUUUCACUAUUGGUCAUGCUGAGUUUCACCUACACAGCCCUCAAUGUUACCAAAGCAAUUGUAUUGGAAAAGGAAACCAAGCUAAAGGAGUAUAUGAAGAUGAUGGGACUUAAUAGCUGGUUGCACUGGUUGGCCUGGUUCUUCAAAUUCCUCCUCUUUCUAAUCACUUCAAUAUUUCUCAUGACUGUGCUGUUUUGUGCAAAGAUGUCCAAACAAGGAGCUGUGUUGACCAACAGUGAUCCCACCCUAGUAUUUGCAUUUCUCCUGCUGUUUUCAAUUUCCACGAUUUCAUUCAGCUUCAUGAUCAGUGUCUUCUUCUCCAAAGCUAAUGUAGCUGCUGCAGUUAGUGGAUUCCUGUACUUCCUUUCAUAUAUCCCUUACUUCUUCAUCGCACCUCGUUACCAGAGAAUGACACAUUCCCAGAAAGUGGCAUCAUGCUUGAUCUCAAAUGUUGGCAUGGCACUGGGAUGCCAGCUAAUUGGCAUGUUUGAAGGGAAAGGUGUGGGUGUACAGUGGUCAAACAUAUUCCUGCCCGUCAAUGUGGAUGACAAUUUAACUCUUGCUCAAUCAAUGGCAAUGCUAGUAUUUGAUUCAGUUAUUUACAUUUUGGUCACUUGGUAUGUGGAAGCUGUGUUCCCUGGGGAGUAUGGAAUACCACAGGUCUGGUACUUUUUCAUCUUGCCUUCAUAUUGGCUCGGGAAGCCAAGAACUGAAUACAUCAAAAUAAACAAAGAGGAUGAGGAAGCAGAGAAACCACUAAACACUGAAUACAUGGAAGAUGACCCAUUGGAUAUUGAAGCUGGCAUCAAAAUCAAAGACUUGACCAAGGUGUUCAAAGUUGGAAACGAGAUGAAGGAAGUAGUUUCCCAUCUAACCUUCAACUUACACAAGGGACAAAUCUCAGUAUUGCUGGGGCACAAUGGUGCUGGAAAGACUACUACUCUGGCCAUGCUCACAGGUCUGUUCCCUCCUACAAGUGGCACUGCCACCAUUAAUGGAUAUGAUAUCUGCCAGGACAUGCCACUGGUUCGCCAAAGUCUUGGACUCUGUCCACAGCACGAUGUCCUAUUUGAUAACCUUACCGUAGAAGAGCAUCUGUUAUUUUUUAGUGGGCUCAAAGGCUGCCGCCCUGGUCAGAUCCGUGAAGAGGUAAACUGGAUGUUAAGCUUGUUGAAGUUUAAGGAUAAAAGAAAAGCAAAGAUCAAGACUUUGUCUGGUGGAAUGAAACGGAAGCUCUCCAUUGGAAUUGCUCUCAUCGGCAACUCUAAGAUUGUCAUGUUGGAUGAACCAACAUCUGGUAUGGAUCCACUAUCCCGCAGAUCUACCUGGGAUCUUCUACAGAACCAGAAGUAUGGCCGCACUAUCCUGCUAACCACUCAUUUUAUGGAUGAAGCUGAUCUCCUUGGAGAUCGUAUUCUGAUCAUGGCCAAUGGGCAGCUUCAGUGCAGUGGAACAUCACUCUUCCUCAAGAACAAGUAUGGUGCCGGGUACCACAUGGUAAUCGUGAAGCAACCUCAUUGUAAAGUCGCUAAUAUUACCACACUUGUGAAGAGCCUCGUACCCAAUGCAGUCAUGCAGACCAAUGCUGGUGCUGAGCUGUCGUACAUACUCCCAAAUGAAAGCACUGACAGGUUUGAAGAGCUUUUCUCACAACUUGAAAUGAAAAAGGAGAAGCUGGGAAUUGCCAGUUAUGGAGCUUCAAUCACUACCAUGGAAGAGGUGUUUAUAAGGGUGGGGAAGCUGGUGGACUCCAGCAUGGACAUUCAAGCAAUCCAGCUACCAGCAAUACAAUACCAGCAUGAGCGAAGGAUGAGUGACUGGUCAGUUGGAGAGAAAACCAGCCUGAGUGACUUAAUGGACACUGCAGAUGACAGUGACCAUCAUCUUUCCAACAGCUAUUCUUCUAUCAAACUGAACACAGGGAUCAUCCUCUAUUUGCAGCAGUUCUAUGCCAUGCUUAUGAAGCGAGCAACAUACACCUGGCGGAACUGGAAGAUAUUCACAGCCCAGUUUAUGGUCCCACUGAUUUUUGCCUGCUUUUCAUUGAUUGUUGCCAAGACAUUUCCGGGUCCUCAGGAUUCACCUCCAUUAAACCUGACUCUGGAAAAAUAUGGGCCGACCAUUGUUCCUUUUUCAUUGAGACAUGUCUACCAGAAACUGACUAAACAUUUGAUGCAGGCUUACAAAGAGGUGGUAGAAGCACAGCUGGGCAUGCCAAGACCGGUAGAAGACGAUAUUAUUGAUUAUCUGUUGAAUAUUUCAAGUAAGGAAGGAGGUUCCUUUAAUGAACGGUGUGUAGUAGCUGCUGAUUUCCAUGAUACACUGACAACUGGAACCACAAUACGGGUUUUAUUCAAUAACCUGGGCUAUCAUACCUCUGCUACUUCUUUGAUGUUAGUGGACAAUGCCUUAUUCAAGACUCUGGUGGGGCCAACAGCAUCAAUCAGUACCACCAACUAUCCACAACCCCGCAACAUUACAGAACAAGCAUUGGAACAACUGAAUGAAAAUAGGACAGGGUUUGCUUUGGCCUUCAACCUGAUGUAUGGCAUGGCCUUUCUGGCUAGCACCUUUGCCCUCUUGUUAGUGUCUGAGAGAACUAUAAAAUCCAAGCACAUUCAGGUCAUCAGUGGCCUUCAUACCAUCAACUUCUGGCUGUCUGCUCUUCUCUGGGAUAUGAUUAACUAUAUGAUCCCCUGUGUGUUGAUCCUGGUGAUGUUCCAGAUCUUUGAUCUGCAACCUUUCACUAUGGAGCAGCAUCUUGGAGAUGUGUUGAUACUUCUACUCCUUUAUGGCUGGUCCAUUAUCCCCAUCAUGUACCUCUUACACUAUUUCUUCACUACAAUUGCCACAGCCUACACCAGAAUCACCAUAAUCAAUAUCUUGACUGGCACAGCCACCUUCUUGGCCAUUACAAUUAUGAACAUUCCAGAACUUGAUCUGAUAGACCUAGCAAAGGUUCUGGAUGCAGUGUUUCUUGUGUUACCCAAUUACUGCUUGGGACAGGCUAUCAAUGAUUUUUACCAAAAUUACCAAUUGGUUGCAGUGUGCACAAGAAGCCCACUUGCCGAGUAUUUGUGCCAAGCAUUCAACAUCACCUAUCAGACUGACUACUUUUCCUGGGAAUCUCCUGGAGUUGGCCGCUUCAUUUUUGCUCUGGCAGUCCAGGGCUUGGUCUUUCUGACUUUCCUCCUCCUUAUUGAGUUCAGUUUCUUCAAAGUAUUGUCCAAUUUGUUCCAUUAUAUUGUCUGGAGAAAGAGAAUGGCUUCAAUUUUAAAUGGCAGCAUACCACAGCCAGUUGAAGACUCUGAUGUCAGGGAUGAGCGUUUGAGGAUAGAGGAGUCAACAGUUUCCGAAAUGGACUGCCCGUUAGUGAUAAAGAACCUCCUCAAGAUUUAUCGCAAUCAAUCAACUCUUGCUGUUAACAGGAUUUUUUUAGCUGUAAAUAAAGGAGAAUGCUUUGGACUACUUGGGUUUAAUGGAGCUGGAAAGACAACCACCUUCAAGAUAUUGACUGGUGAUGAAAACCUGAGCGGAGGGGAUGCCUUUAUCGCAGGUUACAGCAUUCUGAAAAACAGAAAUGAAGUGCGCCAGAAGAUUGGUUACUGUCCCCAGUUUGAUGCUCUGCUUGGUCAUAUGACAGGACGGGAAACACUGAAUAUGUUUGCAAGAUUACGGGGCAUCCCCGAGCACUUGAUCAAACAGAGUGUGGAUGAUCAGCUGCAGAGUUUCCUGCUUGAAUCUCAUGCCCAGAAGCUUGUGCGGACAUACAGUGGUGGAAAUAAGAGAAAGUUGAGCACUGCAGUGGCGAUGAUUGGAAACCCUGCUGUCAUCUUCCUGGAUGAACCUUCCACUGGCAUGGAUCCUGUUUCCAGGAGACUAUUAUGGGAUGCAGUGACCAGAUCUCUACAAGAUGGAAAGUCCAUUGUCAUCACUUCUCACAGCAUGGAAGAGUGUGAAGCACUCUGCACCAGGCUGGCUGUGAUGGUCAAUGGUCAGUUCAAGUGCCUAGGGAGUCCCCAGCACCUCAAGAAUAAAUUUGGCAGCGGAUUUACAUUACUGGUCAAAAUCCAUGGAGAUAAACCUGAUCUCAAGCCUUUCAAGAACUUUAUUGAAACUACAUUUGAAGGCAGUAUUUUAAAGGAUGAGCAUCAUGGAAUGGUGCAUUACCACUUAACCAGCGAACUCCUGUCAUGGUCUCAGAUAUUUGGCACACUAGAAAGAGCCAAGGAGAAAUACAAUAUCAAGGAUUAUUCAGUCAACCAGAUCUCUCUUGAGCAAGUGUUCCUCAGCUUUGCUCGUUUCCAGCUGGGUUCAGAAGAAAGAUCUGAUUAGCACCAAUCAAAAUAAAUUCCUGUUUCAACCUUGAACUUAAAAGUGCAGGAGCCGCACAUAUAGGGAAUUCUGUCUGGGUGGGUGGAAUGAUGCAUUAGAAAUAAAAAGCUAGAGGAAAUUUAACACUAAGUCUGAGAGGCCCAGACUCUGCUGGAUUUAGGUUGGUUCAGAAACUGCUGGAAUCAAGGGCUUCAGUUCUACAACUGGUAACUGAGCAGAACAAUUCACUCAGGUAAAGAAAUGCUGCACUACCCUGGAAAUUGGUCACUGGUGCAGUAUCUUAUUUUUGUUAUGUUAGUGGAUAUAUCAGACUGGGGAUACAACUGUUUGCUGAAUUAACUUGUUCCAAGACAAAUAUAAAAAUUAUAAAGUGAUCAAAGCAGACGUGGCCAUCAAAAUUAAUCACGUGACCUUGCCCUGGUGUCCCACAUGCCCAUUAAAACCUUCACUUCCUAAUUCUUUCCUGGGGAUCAAGGUUCCUAUAGUAAAAACUGGAUCCCUCUUAAUUCAGGGUUGAAUCCUCAUCCUUGCUCAGCAACAGCAUGAGUGACCUUAUGCUAGCUUAUUACUAUUUUGAUCUAGUGCUAAUUGUGGUUUGUUCUUAGUAAUAACCAUGCUGAAAUUGUGGAUCAUUACAAAUAGUGACACAAACAAAAGCACAAUACUGAAGAAGCUAGAAAUGUGAAAUUAGAAACAGAAAAUGUAGGAGUUACUGGCAAGUCAGGCAACAUGUGGAGGGCAAGACAGAGUAAAAAUAUUAAAUUGACGGCUUCAUAUCAGAACUACAAAAAAGUUAGGGAUUUAUAACAGGCUUCAAGCUCAUACAGAGGAUGGGUAAUAGGAGGAGAAAGAACAAAAGGAAUGUUUGUGAUAGUUUGGUAGGCAGGAGCAACUCAGGGAUGAUAGAGAAGAUGACGCAAAGCAGAAGAUAUGAUAGAGAGACUAGUAAAGAAGCAAAGGAUGGUUCUCGAGGAGAUGUGAAUGACAACAUUGCAAUUACCAUAUAUACUCAUGUAUAGGUCGAAUCUUGAAGAUUUUUUAAAAGGUGAAAUUAGGGGGUCAACUAAUUGACAAGGUAUUGUUUUUGAGGGGAUGAAAUUCAUGCUUGAUGUGAGUCAAAUGUGGAUGAACAAGAGCCAGGUCUCUACAUUAAGUAAUAAACAACAUAAGGAUAAAGAAGAACGGCCAUUAUUGAAAAUUUAUUUACUAAAUAGCUACCUCCAUUCUGCCUGCUAUGAUAGAAUGGUACAGUACUGUCAUACCAUUACAGUAAGUCUGAAAAACUGGAGCGGAGCAUGAUGGCUGGCAGACUGGAAGAUCUGGAAUGGAGCAGUAUGACCAGCAGACUGGAAAGCAGGAGCGGAGUGCAGUGAGCAGGCACACUGACUGAUAAAUGUUGAUCUGUAACAGUGAAGAACUAGGGUUGACUUAUUCAUGAGAUGUAUGGAAAAUACAAGAUCUUGUUUGGCUAAAAUAAGAGGUCAACUUAUACAUGAGGUCGACAUAUAUAUGGAUAUAUACGGUAAUUCAUCUACUGAUUGCCACUUGCUAUUUACAAUAAGUCCAGUGCUGGUGGAGAUUUUGUACUUGUCACAUUAAUCUUAGUAGUAUUAGUGAUUUGAUACUAGUAAAUAUUCUGGAUGCUGGUGGAGAUUUGUCACUAAUAUGAUCAUGGUGUAAGUAUUGUUUCUUACUACCAGUAACAGAGAUCACAGACACAUUGUAACCUUGCCUCCAAAUGAGCCAAAUAAAUCAAAUAUCCAAAUAGAUUAGAUAAAUGUGAGGGAAAUCAGGGCACAACUUCUAAGCUGAACAAAGAGAUCUUGGGGUGCAGGUUCAUUGUUUCUUGGAAGUGGAACUGUAGGUAGAUAGCAUAGUGAACAAGACGUUUCGUGUGCUUGCCUUUAUUGGUCAGUGCUCUGAGUAUAGGAGACAGGAGAUCAUGAUGCAGCUAUAUAUAUUGGUCAGGCCAUUUUUGGAAUACUGCGUGCAAUUCUAGUAUCCCUACUAUAGGAAAGAUAUGGUGAAACUUGAAAGUGUUCAGAAAGGAUGUUACCAGGUUUGGAGAGUAUGAGUGAUAGGGAGAGGCUGUUUAGGCUGAAGCUAUUUUCCCUGGAGCAUCAGAGGCUGAGGGGUGAACUUGCAGAUGUUUAUAAUAUCAUAAGGGGCCUGGAUAAAGUAAAUAGACAAGGGUCUUUUCCCUGGGUAAGGGAGUCUAAAAUUAAAUGGUUUAGGUUUAAGGUGAGACGGAAAGAUAUAAAAGAGACUUAAGGGACAACUUUAGUAAACAGAGGGUAGUGUAUGUAUGGAAUGAGCUGCCAGAGGAAGUAGUGGAGACUAGUACAAUUACAACAUUUAAAAGGCAUCUGGAUGGGUAUAUUAAUAGGAAGGGUUAGAGGGAUAUGGGCCAAAUGCUAGCAGAUGGGAUGAGAUUUAUUUCCGAUUUCUGGUCAGCAUGGACAAGUUGGAUCGAAGGGUCUGGUUCCAUGCUGUACGUUUCUUUUAUUCUAUAAUGGCUCCUAUCUGCAAAGGCUAUAAAUAGUAUAGAAUAACAGAAUAGCCUUCUGUGUUGUAAUUAUUCAGUCCAUUGUGUCAGUGCCGACUCUCUGCAAAAGCAUCUCACCUAGUCCUGCUUUCUGCUGUUUUCCUGUAGCUAUGCACUUACACAAUUUCCGAUUGCCUUUGCAAACCACGAUUUAACGUGCCUCUACCACGCUGUAAGGUGUGCAGUCCAGAUCCUAACUACUUGCUGUGUAAAAUGGUUUUUCCCUUGUGUCCCCAUUGCUUCUUUUGGCAAACACCUGAAACUUGUGUCGUCUGGAUUUCAAUCCUUCCAACAACAGGACCAGUUUCUCCUUUUCUACAUCACAUAAAACCGAAUCUGAGACUCACUUUAUAAACUUGUUAUUGAUAAGUAAACUCAGCCUGGCAU